AUGUUCCAUGACAGUAACAAUAAGCAGUAAGAGGAGUCUUCAAGGUUGGGAUCAGAUGAGUACAAGGUAGCACUUCAGACUGUCAGCAUUACUGUCAGACACACAGAACCAGUUCGACACAGAGAGGAGGCUGAUGGUGCAACCACAGUUUUAUGAAGGAAUGAUGCUGACCCUGCCUGGCUGUAUCUGGAGUAUUCUCCUACUGCUCCACACAGCAGACUGCGUUACUCAUAAGGUCAUUACUCCAGUUCAUCAAAUCACUGCUGUGGCUGGUGAAAGUGUAGUCCUGCCGUGCUACGUCGACCCCAGCAUCAGUGCUGAGGGCUGGACGGUGGAGUGGUUCAAUCUCAACCUCUCAGAACGUAGUAUCUAUCUUUAUGAAGACGGCAAAGAAAACUGUGAAGCUCAGAAUCCCUCCUUCAGGACAAGAACAGCUCUGUUUAAAGAAGAACUGAAGACAGGCAACACCUCCUUGAAGCUGGUCGGGGUUAGAGCCACUGAUGAAGGAACUUACAAAUGUUUUGUUAGGUCACCUACCUCGAAAUGGUAUGAUGAUUCAAACAUCACAGUCAGUGUUAAAGCUGUAGGAUCUCAGCCAGUGGUCUCCAUCGAGGGACACAGAGGGGCAGGGAUGGGUCUGGUGUGUGAGACACGAGGCUGGUACCCUGAACCAGAGGUGGUGUGGCUGGACAGUAAAGGAGACUCUCUCUCUGCUGAUCCUCCAGAGAUGACCAGAGACUCUGUGGGACGCUACACACUCAAACUGAGGGUCACUGUUCAGAAGGCACAUAGAAACCUCUUUAACUGUAGAGUGAAACAGAAAUACAUAAAGAGAGAUGAGACGGCAAGGAUUCAUGUUCCUGAUGCGCUGUUUUAUGAAGAUCACACAUGGAAAUGGAUCCUGGCUGCAGUGAUCGCCGUUGUCUCUGUCUUAGCAUCAGCUGUGGUCAUCAGUAUCCUGGUGAUGAGACAUAGAAAUAAAAAAACACUCAUUGAGGAGAAAGAUAAAAUCAUUAAGGAGAAGACAUCGAUAAUUCAUGAGAAAGGUCUGCUCACUUAUCAUCAGGAAACCCUUUCAAGACAGCUGGAUCUGGUAAACACAAGAGGGUACCAAGAUUAUGAAGCCGUCAGACAUCAUGCAGUGGAUGUGACUCUAGACCCUGAUACUGCACAUCCCAGACUCAUCCUGUCUGCUGAUGGGAAACAAGUGAGUUGUGGAGUUGAACAACAGAAUCUUCCUGAGACCCCAAAGAGGUAUGACACGCGUCUUGAUGUUCUUGGAACACAGGGCUUCUCCUCAGGCAGGUUCUACUAUGAGGUGCAGGUCAAUAAGACUGAGUGGCAUUUAGGAGUAGCUAAAGAGUCCUGCAAGAGGAAGGGGGAUUUUUAUUUGAGACCGAGACAUGGAUACUGGACUAUUACACUGAGGGAAGGUGGUAAAUACCUGGCUCUGACUGACAUCCAUGUCCACCUCCACCUGAGCCAGAAGCCCCAGAAGGUGGGGGUGUUUGUGGACUAUGAGGAGGGCACGGUGUCCUUCUACAAUGUGGAGACCAAGGGUCAUAUCUUCUCUUUCACUGACUGUGCGUUCACUGAGAAACUUCAUCCAUUCUUCAGCCCUGCUCCUCCUUGUGUCUCUGGUGAGAACGAUCCUCUGGUCAUCUGUCCUGUAGACAAUGUUAAACCUGAUUCAGCCCACCUGUCUGAAUCUCAAGCAGUUGAAUCUGAUUCAGCUCACCUGUCUGAAUCUCAAGCAGUUGAAUCUGAUUCAGCUCACCUGUCUGAAUCUCAAGCAGUUGAAUCUGAUUCAGCUCACCUGUCUGAAUCUCAAGCAGUUGAAUCUGAUUCAGCUCACCUGUCUCCCCUUACAUAUGAAUCUGAUUCAGCUCACCAGUUAUUGCUGGAUCAAGGUCAGCAAUCUGAAUCAAGUGAGGAAAUAAACGAGUCAGUGUGUUUACUGGAGCAGUCGGUUUCUUAUAAAGUGUGAUGUUUGUUCGACCUUGUUAGCAGGACAGUGUUAGUAAAUACAUGAAUGUAAAGACCACGGUCUCUACUGGUGUUUGCAUCACAGACCUCUAUCCUGUCCAAACCAUCCUCAUGUUUUAUAUACAUGGUUUCAUUUGUGGAGAAUCAAUGUUACAUUUGUGUUGAUAAAUGUAUAGUGUUUGUUAUUUCACUGAAUAUUUUGGUUUAAGAUUAAUUUUCUAACAGCUCCCAUACAGUAUUGUAUUGAUCAUGUACAGUAUUGUAUUGAUCAUGUACAGUAUUGUAUAGAUCAUGUACAGUAUUGUAUAGAUCAUGUACAGUAUUGUAUUGAUCAUGUACAGUAUUGUAUUGAUCAUGUACAGUAUUGUAUAGAUCAUGUACAGUAUUGUAUUGAUCAUGUACAGUAUUGUAUAGAUCAUGUACAGUAUUGUAUUGAUCAUGUACAGUAUUGUAUUGAUCAUGUACAGUAUAUCUUUUUUUUGGGGGGGGGGGAGUUUCAAAAGGUUGAAAAAUAAUAAUAAUUAAGGUUCGGGAGAAAAAGUUUCAAAAGGUUAAAAAAAGAUUUUCAAAAAAGAUUUACAAAAAAAGGUUUGCUUCAAUGAUGAGUACUUGAUGAGCACUGUAUUGUACUCUGCUGUACUCUGCUCUAGGCUUCUUUGUUCCUCCUCUCCUCUCCUCCUCUCUCCUCUCAUUUCGCUACGUGUGUAAAUCUUUUUGAAUAAAAGGUUUUCUUAAAGUAAAAAAAAAAACAGAAACUUUGUU